GACAAUGAUCCAGCAGGGGGCGAGAUGAGAGUCAAAAAAUUAAGAUCAAAAUAAAUAAGUUGUUAAGAAGAUGUAUUAAAAAUGUGGAGUGUUACUCAUUUCUUAUUCAAAAUGUCUCACUUAAAGUCACAAAAUUUGCACAAGAUGAACUGCAAAAUUAACAAUCGCUAUUAAUAUCAUCCAUCGAACGAUAGUGUUGAACAAGGAUAAAACAAUUGUUUUAAAAUAAUUGAAGACUGCUGAACAAACAUGUUAAACGUAUGUAUUUAAAUAUGAAAUUCCAUGAAGUUAACUGAAGGAAAAUAACAGAUUUUAAACAUUACUAUGACGCGUAAGUGUGUGUUGUGCAAGGAAACCAAUUACAGAAACACUUACAGCUUUUUCUCAGCACCAAAAGAUCCAGAAACCCGUAAAAAGUGGCAAAAUGCCUUAGCUAUUGAGAAUUAUGUUGUUACUGAUGACACGUAUGUUUGUAGUAAACAUUUCCACAAAGACGAUAUCAUUACACAUUGGGUUAGUGGAGUACCACCACAUGUGAUAACUAUAAAAUAUAAGAAAUGCAGAUUGAGACCAGGAGCUGUACCUGGAAGGAGUUAUCACCUUCAAGAAAAUGCACAAACUCAAGAAAAUUCCAGUGAUUUUGAUAAUAAUAUAAGUAAAUUUGAUAAAAUAAGUACAGUAAUAAAGAAAGAAACAAAUUUCCUCAUACCUAGAACUGAAGAGAAGUCACAAGUAAAUAAUGAUGAGAAUCGUAAAGCUACAUAUUUGAAUUAUCAGUCUUAUCGUAAUGUUAAUGAUUAUGUACAUAAUUCAAAGCAAAACUUUUCAAAUAAAAUGGAAUUAUCAGAAAAUGUUUCAAAUGUAAAUGGAUCUACAUUUAAAGAAUCUCUAAAGCAAAAUUUAAACCAAGUAAAACAGAAUAAAUCAAUGGUUUUUAUGGAAAACAGUAUUAAUAUUCAAGAAGGUGGUAUCGAUAUAAAGGAAGAACGAAUGGAAGAUAUAAACUCUGAAGACAAAACAGAAAAACAAAGUCAAAUAUCCAAAGAGGAUUCUUGUUCCUAUAUAUCCAAGAAAGUUUCACUCUCAGGUUUUCAGUCAUCUUUUAAAGAUUAUAUUUCCGAAGAACGUGAAACAAUGAAAUGGAAAGCAAUGAAAAAAAGAAAACUACCAGAUGAUAAUUUUGAAGCAACAAAGAAUGUAUAUAUUGAGAAUCAAAUAAUAUACAAUUUAAACUAUGAUCAAUUGGAUAAAUAUUAUCCUAUGUGUAAUGAAAAUGACGAAAAUGAUGAAAAUGAAAUGUUGUUUGAAGAUUUGCUCGAAGUAUGUACAGAAGUAUUAUUACCACGUGGUUGGUCUUGUUUAGUAACGUCAAAGGGCCACACAACGACAAUUGUAUAUUUAUGUAUGGGAAUGACGAAAAGUGGAAUGCCUUUUACAGAAAAACAAGUGUUUAUAAAAAGUGAUAUGAUGUUGCAUUGUGCUGUUGUAAAUAAAGAAAUUAAUCCACUUAUUUACAACCUUAUAAGAGCAGGAAAACAUUUACAAGUACAAAACUUAUUAGAUAUAGAAGAACUUAUUGAUGAAUUUGAUCGAAGGACUAUUUGUCAAGGUAUAUACAAUACUGAGAAGUUCCAAAACAUUAAUCGUAUCAUAGUUGCUUAUAAAGAUGGUAUAAAAUGGAGACACAUUUUAUGUCCAUUAAUAGUGAAUACUGAUUCACUAAGAUGUACAAAAUGCAUUUCCCUAUCUUAUUCAUUACAGCAUAAAUCGAAAAAACUUGUAUUUUUUCGCAAUCCUUCAAUAUUUACAAAACAGCAGCAGAUGUACAGUGCACCAAAAAUAUAAACAAACAAUAAAUACAAACAAACCACAAGGAUACUGGACAUGAAUCUAUAAAUAUAUUUAAAACAAUUUGAAAUAAAAUUUUUUAAAAAGUAUAAUUUCUAA